ACAUCAUCAAAACUCAAACACCAACAAAAAAAAAACACAGAAACAAAGUUUGUGUUUUCUGUCUUUCUGAUUUUCCUCUGUAUAGCAACAGUUCCAAUUUCGUUACCCUUUUGAAUAAAUUUCAAGUCUUUAUGAAACUCCCAACUUUUGCAGACCCAGAAUCACUUUCUUACGUUUACACUUUACUUCAAAAUUCGUUUGACCAAAUGAAUGAUCCAAACAACAAUAACAGUGCAAAUUCAACUAAUACCAGAAAAAGACGAAGAAAAAAUGAAGAUGUUGGUGAUGGUGAUGAUGAAGGUGAAGGUCAUGGCUCAAUCAAUAAUGAACAAGGUGGAAGCAAAAUCAAGAAGAAUACGAAGGAAGAAUUAAAGGGUAUUCUCACAUCAAUUCUCUUACUUGAUGAACAAGAGAAACAAGAAUUUGAAAACAACAAUAAAGUUUUAGAGGAUGAGAAAUUUUGUUUGGAGACAAAUCAUAAGAAGAAAACAAAAGCUAUGGUUGAUUAUUAUACAAAUCUUGAUGAUUCUUAUAGUCAAGUUGAAGAAUCAGAGAGAGUUAGGAGAAAAAAAACAAGAAACAUGUCAAGUUCUGUUGCUAUUGCUGCUACAACUUUUAGUGACGGUAUAGAAGAAACAAAUAGUGAAAGUGUUGUUAAUAAUAUGAAGAACAAUGAUAAUAGUAGUGGUAAAUCUGGUUCACAGAGAAGGCUUUGGGUGAAGGAUCGUUCAGGAGCAUGGUGGGAUGAAUGUAACAAAGAUGAUUUUCCUGAAAAUGAGUUUAGGAAAGCAUUUAGAAUGGGAAAAUCAACUUUUGAUUUGAUUUGUGAGGAAUUGAAUUCAGCAAUUGUGAAAGAAGACACAACUUUGAGGAAUGCAAUACCAGUUAGACAAAGGGUUGCUGUUUGUCUAUGGAGAUUAGCGACCGGUGAUCCUUUAAGGAUCGUUUCGAAGCGAUUCGGUUUAGGUAUAUCAACUUGUCAUAAACUUGUUCUUGAGGUUUGUACUGCUAUUAAAACUGUUCUUAUGCCUAAGUAUCUUCAAUGGCCUAAUGAGGUUAAUUUAAGGAAAAUUAAAGGUGAGUUUGAGUCAAUUUCAGGUAUUCCUAAUGUUGUAGGUUCUAUGUAUACAUCACAUGUUCCUAUCAUAGCUCCUAAGAUUAGUGUUGCUGCUUAUUUUAAUAAGAGACAUACUGAGAGGAAUCAAAAGACUUCUUAUUCAAUUACUGUUCAAGGUGUUGUUGAUCCGAAUGGUGUGUUUACUGAUGUUUGUAUCGGUUGGCCUGGUUCAAUGCCUGAUGAUCAAGUGUUGGAAAAAUCAGCACUUUUUCAAAGGGCUAAUGGAGGGCUUCUUAAAGGUGUUUGGAUUGUUGGAAGUUCAAGUUAUCCUUUGAUGGAUUGGGUUUUGGUGCCUUAUAAUCAACAAAAUUUAACUUGGACACAACAUGGUUUUAAUGAGAAGAUUGGUGAGAUUCAAAAAGUUGCUAAAGAUGCAUUUGGUAGGUUGAAAGGGAGAUGGUGUUGUUUGCAGAAAAGGACUGAGGUUAAGCUUCAAGAUUUGCCUGUUGUGCUUGGUGCUUGUUGUGUUUUGCAUAAUAUUUGUGAGAUGAAAGGUGAGAAAAUGGAGGAUGAACUUAAGGUUGAUGUUCUUGAUGAUGAAAUGGUUCCUGAGGUUGGUUUGAGAUCAGUUAAUUCAUUGAAGGCUAGAGAUGCUAUUGCUCAUAAUCUUUUGCAUCAUGGUUUAGCAGGCACUUCUUUUCUUUGAUGACAUUAAUUUGUUGUAUUUUUAUCAUUAUUAUUAUGUUUAUGCUUCUUGAGAACUUCAUUAUUCUUUUCCUUUUUUAUUUUACAUAAGGUUGAAGUCAUUUAUCACAUUGUUUGUUGAAGUGGCUUUGUAUAAGAUGUAUAAGCCUCUUUAACAAAUAUAUGUUUGAUGAAGUUACUUAUGGUUUAGAUCUAAACUUGUAACCCAACUAUAUACAUUUUUAUAGCCAAAUAAGAGAUUGAUUAAUAAAAUUACAAAAACAUUCUUUUCGAACA